AUGCCUGUGACAAGAUCGCAAGGAAGAGCCGCUCAAGCCUGGAUCAUCGACGCCAGACCGGGCCGCCGCACACCCCCCAUCGUGCACGACCAGCUGCCGUUCUCUCCAACCACCACCGAGGGGAGUGAGCAGCCCCCCCCUCCCCCGAGGGGGGGUGAAGACCUACCCUGCCCCGCAGCUGAGAGGGGAAGUGAGGCGCCGCCCUGCCCCCCUGCCCCGCAAGGGGGUGAAGACCGACCGCGCCCCCCUACCCCGCGAGGGGGUGAAGAGCGACCAGCGCCGUCGUCGUUGAUGCAGACUGAAGCGUCGUCAUCACUGAGGCCGCCUGGAACCAGUGCUGAAGAAUAUAGUUCAGGAGGAACACUGAAGGCUUGCGACAAGACAUACAACCGAGCUGUACCGUUGACUACCCGGGUUGACGCCCGUACCGAACUUAAGGCACCGUCGCACAGAUCGACGGCAUCAAAUAGAAAAAUUAGAAAUGCGCGUGAAGACUUAUUGAAGAUUAAGUUGGAGCUAGCGCAAAUAGCACUUCAGAGGGCCGAGGAAGAAUCGGACGACGAUUAUAUGGAUGAUAGAAAUUCCAAUGAAGAGUACAUUCGUUCCUGGUUGGAGGAAGCUCCGGAACCAGACCCGCAGGACGCCGCCGCUGAGGGAGGACAUAGACCACCAGAUACCCUGGACCUGCCCGAGCCCCCCCCCUCCGCGGUUAUAGUGAAUCCGGUCCUGCGUGGAAUAAGUACUGCUCCUGGAAGAGACGCCGCCGCCGAGGGAGGACAUAGACUGCGGGUACCCUGGACAAGCCAGAGCCCCCCCCCUCGAAGACCAUAG